UAAAUAAAUUAGACGAUGUAAUUGAACAUCGCGCCAGCGCCAUCAUAAUGUCGUUGGAAAAAACACGUAGGUAUCAGUAAGUGGCGCUAUCUGUCAUUUACCGAUCGCAACAAGGCGUCAAACAAUUUUGAAAUUGAUCGGAAAAACUCCGUAAAUAUAAACAAUAUGGCAGACAAGGCAGAUACAACAAUGUACGUGAAAAACAGAAGCUAAUGAAUCAAUACUUCAACUAUGCGCCGUCGCAACAUUCCUCUAUGCGAUUAGGCGUUUAGCCAUCACGAUUGUAUUGCUAAAAAAUCUUACCCUUAAAAAUAUGUCGACUGAAAAGGUUCUAUAUCAGUUGUAUCAACCGCAUGGUUCUGGUACAGUAUUUAUCUCUUGGCGGCCUGGUAAUAGCACACAUUUAGCAACCACUGGUUAUGAUUCUUCGGUUGCUAUUUUUGAUAGACAAGGUAACUUGCAAGAACGUAUUCAGAUAUCUGGUCUAUGUACUGGAUUUGGAUGGGACUCUGAUGGAGAUCUGUUAGCUGUUAUAUCACAAAAUUCUACCACUAUCAUAUUAUGGGAUGCAACAACAGGAAAGAGAUCACAAAUAGAUGCUGGUGUAAGGGAUACCCUAACAUGUAUAAUGUGGGCAAAAAGGACCUGCUUAUUAGCUGUAGGGACACAAAAGGGGAACCUGGUUCUUUAUGAUCACAUAAAUGCCAAACGAACUCCAAUUCUGGGAAAACAUAAAAGACGUAUAACAUGCGGUGCUUGGUCUUAUGAAGGACUUCUAGCUCUUGCCAGUGAAGAUAAGGUUUUAACUAUUAGUACAAGUGAUGGAGAUACACGCCGUGAAAUUCCUCUCCAAGGUGAUCCAUCAGACAUUCAGUUUAAUGAAAUGAAGAUGGAUCAUAGAAUUGGGGGUGAAAAUACGGUGUCUCUUGUCAUUAGUAAGACCACUUUAUUCUUAUAUAAUAUUUCGGAUCCAGAAAACCCCAUUGAAUUGGCUUUUCAAAAACGCUAUGGUCCUAUUGUUACAUAUAAAUGGUAUGGGGACGGUUAUAUCUUAGUUGGCUUUGAAACUGGAUAUUUCACAGCAAUAUCUACACACAUUAAAGAAGUGGGUCAAGAACUAUUUCAAGUUAAGAAUUAUAAAGAUUCAUUAACAGAUUUAACAAUAAGUCAAGCAGUAGGAAAAAUUGUAACAUGUGGUGGAAACAUUAUAAAGAUACAUAGUCUACAAAAUUUAGAAGAAACUGAAAAGUUAAUUACAGUGAGCAAUGAAACAGGAAUUAGCAAGGUUGAAUGGUCUACUGAUGGAUCCAUGAUAGCAGCUGUUACUUAUACUGGAAAUGUAUUAGUCUAUUUAAUACAAAUUCCAAAAUUAUUCAGUGUUUGUGGAAAUAAGAUUGCUUUGCUUACCAGUUUAACUGAAGUAGCAGUGCAUCUUUACACAUUAGAUAAGGAAAAGCCAGAACCUGUAAUAAUUAACACUAUAAUAGAACCAUCAGUAUUAGCAAUAGGUCCAAUGCAUGUAGCAGUUGGUUUAAAUAAUAGAGCACUGUUUUGGGACAUAUCUGAAACACCAUAUGAUACUACAGUGCACUUUGAAAGGGAUUAUCUUGCAACUAUCGAUAGCAUACGAUUAAACGAAACCUACGUUUCAGUUUUAUUUGAUGGGAAAUUGCAGUUGCAUUCGAUUAAAGUUGACCAAUCGCUAACCAAGGAGAGGAAAGACACAAAAAUGUUCCCAGAUUUAAAUACCUCAGAUUGCAGAAUAACGUGCCAUGCCCUUAGUUCGGAUUUCUUGGUUUAUGCCAAUGAUAUGGGUCAUAUAGUUUACUUUUGCUUGGAACUUUUUAAUCAAUGUACCGAGCAUCUACACAGCAAUGGUAUAAAGGAAAUAUAUUUAGAUGCAAAUGGAACACAAUUGUGUUUUAUAGAUAACAAAUCCGAUGCUUAUAUGUACAAUCCUAUGCACGAGAUUGUUUUACAAAUUCCCGAUUGUCCGGAUUACAUAGAGGGAAUAUUAUGGGAUCAAAAUAUUUUAGAACGCAAUAUAUUCACUGUAUACAAUAAAAAUAUCAUUAUAACGUAUAUAUUCAUAAAAUAUUUUAUCGAAGGUACAAAAAUUGAAAAGAUAAAUUCGACAAAGCUACUGUCCGAUGCAUUACCAUUAUUAAUGUAUUCUGGUGAAUUGACGUUAAGUUCAAUAAGCAACAAAUUAAUUCAAAUUACGUUGUCCUCUCACGAAGACGCGGGAAAUAUCGUAGAAUCGGAAAAGCUGAAACAAAUUUUAGAGAAUCAAAUUUUAUGCAGAAGAUUUCAACAAGCAUGGAAUACUUGCGAGAAGAUCAACGAGAAAGACUCUUGGCUGAAAUUAGGAGAGAGCUCAAUUGCAAAUUUGAAUAUUGAUUUUGCAAUACGUGUUUAUCGGCAUAUAGAAGACGCCUCGAUGGUAUGGGCAUUACAAAAUAUGGAAAAUAUAGAUGAACUGUCAUUACUGUCUGGCCAUGCGUGUAUUUUACUUGGCGAUUAUAAUCAAGCAGAAAAAUUUUUCUUACAAUCUUCGGAACCAGUGCAAGCGCUAUAUUUAAGAAGGGAUUUAAUGCAAUGGGAACAAGCACUGAACUUAGCACAGAGACUAAAAGCUGAUGAAAUUCCUUAUAUUGCUAGAGAAUAUGCCCAACAACUGGAAUUUACGGGAAAUUAUCCAAAAGCGCUAUCAAAUUAUGAACGUGGAUUGGUAGAUUCUAAUGCAUUAAAUACAGCCGUAUAUAAUCCACAUCAUCGUUUUUUGUGCCUUGCUGGUAUUGCCAGAAUGUCUAUCAGAUGCGGCGAUAGUAGAAAAGGUGUGAGCAUAGCGGUAGACAACGAAAGUUCAAGACAAUUGCGAAAGGAAUGUGCAGAAAUACUAGAGUCAAUGAAGCAAUUCAAUGAAGCUGCACUCUUAUAUGAGAAAGCCGAGUAUUUUGAUAAAGCAGCGUCUGCGUACAUAAAACUAAAGAAUUGGCAAAAAGUGGGGCAACUUUUGCCGCAAAUAUCAUCUGCCAAAAUUAACAUACAGUAUGCUAAAGCCAAGGAAAGUGAAGGGAAAUACGAAGAAGCGGCUAAAGCGUACGAAACUGCGAAAGAUUUUGAAAAUAUAAUUAGGAUUAAUCUGGAUCAUUUGAAUAACCCUGCACGAAGUGUUGAAAUAGUGCAACAAACAAAAAGUGUGGAAGGCGCCAAAAUGGUAGCAAAAUAUUUCCAAAAAAUGAAUGACUAUAAUUCAGCGAUCAAGUUUUUGAUUUUGUCAAAUUGUCACGACGAAGCUUUCCAGUUAGCUAAUCAACACGGAAAGAUGGAACUAUAUGGAGAAAUCUUAAUAAAUACAAUCGACGAUGAUAAUGCACGAAAGGAAGAUUUUAGGAGUCUCGCUAUGCAUUUUGAAUCUCAGAAAAAUAAUCUCUUAGCCGGGAAAUAUUAUUUUCAUGCGAAAGAAUAUCAGAAAGCGUUACGGCAUUUGUUGAAAGCUGCUCAAUUAAUGACAGACGAAAAUGAGGUUUUAACAUUAGCCAUUGAUACAGUUGCUUCUUCGAAAGAUGAUAAACUAGCAAAUCAGUUAAUAGACUUCUUAUUGGGUGGAGACGGAUUACCAAAGGAUCCAAAGUACCUGUUUCGAUUGUAUAUGGCCCGAAAACAAUAUAGGGAUGCUGCAAAAACAGCGAUUAUCAUAGCGAAUGAAGAACAAAUUAAUGGAAAUUACAGGAAUGCACACGAUGUAUUGUUUAGUAUGUACCAGGAAUUGAAAAGAAAUAAGAUUACUAUACCAUUAGAAAUGCAAAAUAAUUUGCGACUUUUACAUUCGUACAUUCUGGUUAGACUUCAUGUAAAGAAAAGUGAUCACCUACGCGGCGCUCGUAUGUUGAUAAGGGUAGCCAACAACAUAUCGAAGUUCCCAUCACAUAUUGUUCCAAUCUUGACUUCUACUGUCAUAGAAUGUCAAAGAGCAGGACUGAAGAAUGCAGCAUUUAAUUUCGCUGCUAUGUUAAUGCGCCCCGAAUAUAGAAACCAAAUUGAUGCUAAGUAUAGUAAAAAAAUUGAAGCAAUCGUUAGGAAACCGCCGAAAUCAAAAGAUAAUGAAAUUGAAGAUGAGCCUUCAACUCCAUGUCCUUAUUGCAAGAGUAAACUUCCAGAGACUGAGAUUACCUGUGAUAAAUGCAAGAACACAAUACCUUUCUGUAUAGCUACAGGACGACAUAUCGUUGAACAUGACUUUACAACGUGUCCCCAAUGUGAUUUCCCUGCCAUAAAAAGCGAAUUUUUAAGGAUAAUUGAAACUGAAGGAGUGUGUCCAAUGUGUACAGAGAAAGUAGAUGUUAACAUGGUCUCAUCUACUCUAAAUAUUCGACCUUAUCUGGAUUUCCAAGAUGAAAAAGCGUCGGCGUAAACUGAAUCGCUUUUACUUUUAUUUAUAACCAGUUCAAAAAAAAACUUGUUGUGUUUCAUAUCUUGGUCUUUUCCUUAUGAAAAUACGACAUGCAUUUUAUACAAACUAGAUAGGUAUAAUUCAGUACAAGUGCCUACAAUGUAAGUAUUGAAUUAUCUUCAUGAAACAGUGCCGUCCAAUAUAAGUACAACGCAAUUAAGUACAAGUAGCUUACUAGAUAAUUCUAUAGAUUAUCCGUGAGAUAUUCUAUGGAUAAAAGAGCAUCGUGUACAAGUCAACUAAUGCUCAUAUAUACGAGUGUAAUAUGUAGAUAGUAUCUUCAAUAAACUAGUCUCAAGCA